CUAACGUUUCAGAACCUGGAGGCACUGAUCACCUGUCAUACACGCAUACACCUACUCACGCACAUAAACACUCUCACACACAGACACACACACGCACACACACACUGUGCAGCAGCGGAUCUCCGCCAGGAAGCGGUCGCAGAUCCCCGUUAUUUUCAGUGAGAACGGAUCCCACAUCGGAAAUAUCCACAACCGGGACUCAAACCACCGGGCAGGUGUGUGCGUGUGUGCGCGCGGCUCGGUACCCGGUCCGGUCCUGCAGCCGGAGGAGGAAACGUGAUAAGAAUCAGAGCGGAUCGAUGGUGUGAGCUCAAUCAGAAUGAUGAUGAAUUCUGAGAAGAUGAAGAAGAAACCUCCAAAGGACAGUUUGACUUUGCUGCCAUGUUUCUACUUUGUGGAGCUGCCCAUCGUGGCUUCUUCUAUGGUGUCGCUGUACUUCCUGGAGCUGACUGAUGUUGUGCAGCCGGCUCAGGUUGGGUUCCGCUGCCACGACAGAGAGCUAAGCAUGCCGUACGUGGACGGAGGAGACGAACUGAUCCCUCUGCUGAUGCUGCUGAGCCUCGCCUUUGCCGGACCGGCCGCCUCGAUCAUGCUGGUUGAAGGUCUGAUCUACUGCCUGCAGUCCAGACUGAAGCUCCGCCGACCUGAAGGGAGCAUCAACGCAGGGGGCUGCAACUUCAACUCCUUCCUGAGGAGGACGGUGCGCUUCGUAGGUGUGCAUGUGUUUGGCCUGUGUGCGACGGCUCUGGUCACUGACAUCAUACAGCUGUCGACAGGUUACCACACUCCGUUCUUCCUCACUGUGUGCAAACCAAACUACACGCAGGUCGGCGUCUCAUGCGACAGAAACGUUUACAUCACUAAAGACAUCUGCUCGGGUCACGACCAGCACGCCAUCGUGGCCGCCAGGAAAACGUUCCCUUCCCAGCAUGCAACUCUGUCGGCUUUCGCGGCUGUCUAUGUUUCUAUGUAUUUUAACUCGACCAUCUCCGACAGCACCAAGCUGCUGAAACCUGUCUUAGUCUUUGCUUUCGCCAUCGCGGCGGCGUUGACGGGUCUGACUCAGAUCACUCAGCAUCGCAGCCAUCCCAUCGACGUGUACGUGGGCUUCCUCAUCGGCGCCUUCAUCGCUGCUUACCUGGCUUUUCACGCCGUGGCCAACUUCAAAUCCGGCGACGACGUCACUAUGACUGCACCUCCCUCGCUGCCGAAAGAGGACCCUCUGCGAGCGCUGACCGAGCGCGGACACGAGUCCGUCUACAACAAGGGCCCCGCCUCCGCCUCGGAGAGCAAUGACGAGAUAGCGCCGGCUCCGGCCCCCAUGGACCGGCUGGAGGGCCUGGUGCCCCUGCAGAGGGAGAAGGCCUCCAUGGGUAGCUUGAAGAGGGCCAGCGUGGACGUGGAGCUGCUGGCUCCUCGCAGCCCCAUGGGAAAGGAGACCAUGCUGACCUUCAGUAACACGCUGCCGAGGGCCAGCAUGAACAUUAACGGGGUGCUGGGGGCCAACCACGGGCCAGAGGAACCGCUGCAGCCGGUGCAACCGGUCCAGCCGGUGCAGCGGCGCCUGAAGGCCGUGCAGGUUCCCAUGGACCCGAUGCGUUCGCAGCAGCUGGUGACGGAGUGGAAGCAGAAGUCGAUGGAGAUGAGAGGUCUGAGCGUACGGGACGAGACGGAGCAUUCGGCCAGCGAGGACGGGUCCGAGGUGGGCUCAGUGGGGACAGACGAGGGGGGGUCCCACGUCCCCAUAUACCAGACGGUAGCGCAGUCCGGAAGGGCGCCCCCUGGUCGUAACGCCACUCCGCCUCCAGUGGGCGCCAAAGCUGUGGCGACGCCCAGACCGCCGCAGGUCCCUGAAGCUGGACCCCCACCGGUGUCCCCAAAGAGCGCCCUGACGCGGGCCAAGUGGCUCGCCAUCCGGGAGAAGACGAGCGGGGAGGGAUCAGGCCGCGGCGCCACCAACCAGCCGAGACUCAUGCAGGUCAUUGCCAUGUCGAAGCAGCAGGGCCUCCUCCCCUCCUCCUCCUCGGGGGAGAAGUCCUCUGAGACCACCUCCACCUGUUCCGGCACCUCCUCCACCACAGACUCCCCACACUAUCGCCCCUCCCCUGAGCAGCAGCGGGAGGGGUCGGGUAUAAUCACCGUGGACGCCCACGCCCCUCACCAUCCGGUCGUCCAACCACAACCUCCUCUUCAAGCCCCGCCCCUCGCAGGCAACGGUAGCCCGUGGGAGUGGGCGGGGGCGCCCAACGGGGGCGACCCGCGAGACACCUACGACCUCAACAGCCUGACCCGAGGAGACUCCGCCGCCCGCGGCAGCAGUUUCCGGCCCCACAGCCGCGGAGCCUCGCCGUGCGCCGCGGUCGGGCACGAUCCGACCUCGCCCCACCCACAGGUGGAGACGUCAGCGGACGCCCAGCGCAGGGAGAUGGCCAUGAGACGCAAGACAGCGCUUGUUCUGUUGGAUCGGGAGAUUCGUAACCAGACUGAACAGGAGAACUACUAUAAGAGUUUGCAGGGACGCAGGUAUAAGGAUUAGUCGCUUAACCUUUCAAAACAAAAGCCUUAUUUUGUGACAGGUCACCAACAGCACAAACCUGGACCAUGUUGCUAUGCAUUUCUUGGGCUUCAUGUGAUGGAAGGUUUGGGCUGUGGGAGAUGAAAGUUUACAUCCAGUGGGUUACGGUUCGAUGCUCGGGGGCUUAACACUCAAGACAGUUCUCUCUCGACACAAAAGACGUUUAAGGCGAUUGCGGUAUCAGCCUUUAUUUUGGAAUGAUUAUCAAAAAUGUUAAAGCUUUUAAUAGAAUCCACUUCACCCAUCCAAGAAAUAGAUGCUAUGCGAGACCCCUGGCAGUAGAGUCCUGGUGUUUCCAAGCCGGUCUGGAUUCUGUUAAACAAGGUGUCAUGGAUGGUUUGAGGUCAUGGCCACAGUCUGCAAUUGUUCUUCUGUUGGUACCAAACAGAUUUGAUGGUUGUGGAUUAGUUGGAGGUUAAAUUAAUAUAAAAGAAGCCCUUGGUGGUCAGGUGGUUCCCAGCUGGUGAAGUUGAAUGCCAUUUGCAAGUAACAUAAUGAUGAUACGAUGUUACAUAACACAUCUAAAGAUUUAAACCGCAUCCAGAACUUACUGUUUGGACUAAACAUUUCAGUUGAGCAGCACAAAAGAUUGUCAGUACAUCCAACAGCCACGGGGGCGGCAUUCUGUUACCUUCCAACAUCAUAAAUGGUUUUCAGCCCUAAUCAAACUAGUUGUGCACGUAACGUUUGUAUAUAAAAACGUGGAUAAAUAUCGUAGAACAUUAAGCAAACAACAAUAUAAAAACUAUAUCUGAAUGGUGAAUUGCUUUCAUCUUUAGUGCAGAGUCGAACGUCCACAGUGUUGAGCCUCCCAGCAGGAAGCUGGAGCGUUUCCAUGGCAACUCAUCCUGCAAAUAAUCUGCGGUUCGGAGGCAAUUGUAAGGACUAAUUCUUGAAGCACAAUCAUGUAACAAACCUGCAGUGGCGCCCCUGUGAUGAAAUGCACCUGUCCAGCACCUGCUUACCGCCUCAGGCCCCGCCUCCUCUGAGGGGAAGGCCCGUGACCGCCGUGAUGUGGAAGCCAUCGUCCCCGCGUUCAAACGAGUAGGUCAUCGGCAUCGACGUGUCCCCCCCCCACCCCCUCCCCCCGCGCUGUGUGGACUAUCUCGCUCUUUAAACGUCAGUCACUUGACCCAUAAUGCUUUGGGGGGGUUGCGUGGGUGUGAGACGCCCUCCGCGCGGUGAGGACGGUCCAACCCUGAUUGUAUAUUUCCGGGACCAGAGUGUUGUUGUUUCUAUCGUGAUGGCUCGGUCGCUAUAGUGAUUCUCAGCAUGUUUGUUUGUUUGUGUGCUACUUUCUGACUGGUCGAGGCUGUAAGUUGUUUCUGUGAGUGGAUCUGAAAGUGUGUAUUUAUUAGUGAUAAGAGUGUAAUAUUUUGAAGGAAAAGUUGUAACAUUACAGAAUAUGUCAUUAUUCUUUUGUGGUAAAGUGAUGAUUUUCUCCUCAGUGGCUCUCUAACUAAACACAGAAGAACUACAAGAGCUCUUAGAAAAUACAUAUUUUAUUAAAGAUGCUGCAAAUCCUAAACUGUCCUCUGAGCUCACUGACGCUCUGAAACUAAAUCAGUUCAUCCGUCUAUAUGAAAUAUUGAUGAGCCAAUACUUGGUCUGUCUCUGCUGUUAAUGUGUCUGUGUUGCUGCAUGUGUCCAAAGUUUGAUUUAAUAUCAGACAUUCAUCUUGUUCAUCUCUGGGAUAAAUAGCUUUUUUUUAAUCCUGAGGGUUUCUCAUCAUUUCCAUCUGAAUGUAUAAACAUUAAUCAUCUGUACAUUUUGUGACUGGAAACAUUUUAAGAAAAAAAACAACUGCUGCUAUAAAAAAAGAGUUUAUUUCUGUGAAAAUAAGUGUUGGAAGUGUUUUUCCGACCAAAAGAGUGGACGCUGCAUGUUCGUUAUGAUGAAAGUUCAAAAUUAAAAGUUCUUGGUCACAACGUA